ACACCAUCAUUGUGUCUUUGUCUUCAACACAAGUGAGGCAGGAUUGUAACUUAAGUAUGCAGAUACAUGAAAAGUGUAGCGACUAAAGAACAGAGAGUGGAGGAAACUCAUCCUAGAAGCAAAAUCAUUAGUUCCCCAAAAGAAGAGGAGUGAAUCAUUGGACCAACCAUGUGUACGCAGGCGAUCUCAAAGCAAGGAGAAUGCCAUCAAUUGCACCCGUAGCACUUAGACACUUGAUUAAGAGGGAAACGGCUGUUAGAACUAAUAAAUACAUCACUUCUUCCUCUCUUCCGAUCGGAGCAGGGGAAGGACCAAACAUGGGGAUUCUGCAUAAAAUUCAUCCGCUUCCGAUAAGAUCGAUCCUUUUACUUCAGAUUUUAUCUUCAUUUCCUUGUACACUAUCUCAAGGAAACAGGCCACCUUACAUGACUUCGGACCUCAAAGAAAUCUCCGGCAAGUCUUUUGAUUACAUUAUUGUCGGGGGAGGAACUGCAGGAUGUCCUCUAGCGGCAACUCUCUCUGAGAAAUUCUCCGUAUUGUUGGUCGAGCGUGGUGGGUCGCCUUAUGAGAACCCCUUGGUCAUGGAUAGAAGAAACUAUGGUUUCUCGCUGCUCAAUACCGAUGAGUAUUCAUCGGUGGCACAGAGCUUCAUCUCCAGAGAAGGGGUUGCAAAUCACAGAGGACGGGUUCUAGGAGGAUCGUCCGCGAUCAACGGUGGUUUCUACAGCAGAGCUAGCCCCGAUUUUGUUAAAAGAGUCGGAUGGGACGUAGAGCUGGUAGACGAUGCAUACAGAUGGGUGGAGUCGAGAAUCGUUUUCCAGCCGCAGUUGACCCCGUGGCAGUUUGUCGCCGAGUUCGGAUUCCUUGAAGCGGGAAUUUUCCCGUAUAACUUCUACACGCUGGAACAUGUCGAAGGAACAAAGAUUGGUGGAAGCGUGUUCGAUAACUACGGAACCAGACAUACAUCGGCCGAUCUCCUAGAGGCAGGGAACACGGAAAACUUGACCGUGCUCUUAAAUUCAACCGUGAGGAAUCUCCUCCUAAGCAAUCACAGUGAUAGCAAUGAGACGCGGGCUUAUGGCAUUUCGUUCAUCAAGAGCGACGGGAGCUUGGAAGAAUCGUAUGAGGCUUACCUCAAUCGCGCAAACGAUUCGACAUUGUCCGGUGAAGUCAUUUUAGCAGCAGGGUCACUAGGGAGUCCCCAAAUCCUGUUACUCAGCGGAGUCGGUCCUCCUGAGCUUCUUGAGAAGUUCAACAUCUCGGUACAAAGUGGCCUCAGGGAAGUAGGACAAGGAAUGCAAGACAAUCCGUGCGUCGCGCUUCUCGCCGAUGCCAAACCACAGAAUCGUCUACCCGAGCCACCCGUGGUGGCCGGCAUAGCCCACGGUCUCAAAUUCAUCAUCGAAGCGGGAAUCCUCCCCGUUGGUCUCAAUGCGACCAGAAUGCCAGUCGCGAUCAAGUAUGCCUUCCCUGCGUCGAGAGGCACUCUGGAACUGAACAGCACGGACCCGAGGCAGAACCCUGCGGUGACAUUCAACUACCUGUCUGAGGAACAGGACAUGAAGGCAUGCAUCGAGAUGGCGCAGCUGCUCCAGAGUGUCGUCAGGUCUCCGGCCAUCUCUGUUUUCCAGGGGGUGGAACACAAGGAGGACGAGCCGUCAGGCGAUGAAGAGCUCGCCAGCUUCUGCAAGCAGAACGUGCGGACGUUCUACCACUACCACGGCGGUUGCGCGGCCGGGUCGGUGGUCGACGAGGACUACAGAGUCUACGGCGUGAAAGGAUUGAGGGUGGUGGACGGGUCGACGCUCCUGGAAUCGCCAGGGACGAAUCCAAUGGCUACGCUAAUGAUGCUAGGUAGAUACCAGGGCAUCAAGAUCCUAAGGGAAAGAGGACAAUUCGAUGCCUCUAACACCCAAGAUCAUCGUCCCUAGCAAGCUCCGCACGCAAUAAAACCAUGUAAAGUUGACAACUUUAUGAAUCUUCCUUGAUGCAAAAUCUUGAUCUGAAGGUGCAUUGAUCGCGUUUC